GCAAGCUUUCUUUCAUUUUCAAACUACAUCAUGUUCUGAAAUCCGGAAAAAUAUAUUUCCUAGCAUUCGUGUCUCGGCCAUUAUAAAUACCUAGUUUUCUGUAGCUGUAGCAGAUCAACUUGAGAAGGGUAGCACAUUUUGCUAGACAUCCAUACGCAGUGUUCCAGGAAAUGGAAAUUCCAGUGAUAAAGAUGGAUGAGCUGCAUGGCGAGAAGAGAUCAGAGACACUUGCGCUUCUCCAUGAUGCCUGUGCACAAUGGGGAUUCUUUUGGCUGGAGAAUCAUGGAAUCAAUGAUGACCUCAUGGACAGAACCAAGAAACUGGUGAAUAAACACUAUGAGCAAAACAUGGAGAAGAACUUCUACAGUUCUGAGAUAGCAAAAACCAUUGGUCCCGACAAAGUCACCUCAAAUGUUGACUGGGAAUGCAGCUUCAUGUAUCAUCACCAGCCAAAAUCAAACAUUCAUGACAUUCCGGAGCUGCUUCGUACUACAGUUCCUGAAUAUGCUGAAGAAGUAGUCAAGUUGGCCGAGCAGCUAGCAGAAGUCAUGAGUGAAAAUCUUGGGCUGGACAAGAAUUACUUGAAGAAAGCUUUCACUAAGCCUUCCAUAGGCAUAAAGGUGGCAAAAUACCCCAGGUGUAGCCAUCCAGAAGUAGUGAUGGGACUCCGUGGACACACCGAUGCUGGGGGAAUCAUACUUCUAUUUCAAGAUGACUUGGUCCCAGGUUUGCAGUUCAUGAAAGAUGGUAGGUGGAUCUCAAUACCACCAACAAAAGGAAAUAGAAUUUUCGUAAACCUCGGAGAUCAGAUUGAAGUGAUAAGCAAUGGAAUAUAUAAGAGCAUUUGCCAUCAGGUACUUCCCAAUCAGAACGGGAGCCGCCUAUCUAUUGCGACAUUCUAUAACCCAGGUGCAGAUGCUAUAAUCUUCCCAGCUCCAAAUCUCACAUAUCCUAGCCAAUACCGUUUCCAAGACUACCUUAAUUUCUAUUCUGCUACCAAGUUUACAGACAAGGUAUCAAGGUUCCAAACUACGAAGAUGGUAUUCAAAUGACUUGUGUCAAAAGCCACUUUAUGUACCGUCCUUGAGCAAAAGACAAGUGAAACUCCUCAAACUCUGUAUUGUGUAUUUCUGUUGUCAGUCUUAUUUCCGUUAAUAAACUGCUCAAUUACCUGUA